GUUUAGCUGCUAUGAGCAACGCCGGCCGCCGCGUUAAGCUCGAUCUCUUCGCGGAACCCUCUGAAGAUUUGGGUGGCUCCUCAGUACAAGAAGAAAUUGAUGGGGAACCGAAACAUCUUGCAGGGUUGCCCAAUUCACAAUCUUCUCCAGGUGGGUUCCGUCAGUUCUCUUCAAAAGGAAUAUGUAGAGAGAGCAUGAGUGGUCUACAAUAUUUUGGUGGAAAUUGGAAUCUAUGCCAGACAUAUAUGUUGUUUGCCCCAGAAUUUGUUUUCAGAUUGUAGGUGUAAGCUGUGGUCUUGGGAACAUUCAUACGGAACUGAUUGGGCCAAAUCAAUCUGAUAUUUUGAACGUGUAACAAUCUGUUAUGCUCUAUUUCGCUGCAUCCAAGCUUUUUGCAGAUUUCUUCUGGGAAAUUUUUAUCUCGGUUCGUCAGCAACCACCAAAUCCUUUGUUAUUACUCGGCCAAUAUAGUGAUGAUGAGUUGGAUGAGAAGUUGGAUAAAAGACAAGAGCAUGGCACUUUGAAUGGUUCUUUAUCUGACCAUGAUGACCAGGUUAAGGGUCCCCUAAGUGAGAUCUGCAAAAAUUCAGAAGCUGACGCAGGUGAAAGUCUAGAUACUCUAAAGGUCAAUCAGCUGAACAUAGAGAAAGAUUCUACUCCAAACUCUAUCCAGAACUUGGUCGGCAUUGAUAACAAAGGAGAUAUUUAUCUCACAAAUGAAUCAGUCAAGAAUGAUUCUACCGAACAAGAUUCUGUUGCUGGAACUUCUGAAGUACAGGCCACUCAAGAUGUGGGUUCAGGCUGGAGGAUUGUAAUGCAUGAAGAGAGUAAUCAGUAUUACUACUGGAACACUGAAACUGGUGAAACUUCAUGGGAGGUGCCUACUGUUUUGAAUCAGAUAAACCAAUCUACAUCUCACCUGAAAGCACCUAUUGUUGAAGAUAUGGAGGUUGCUCAAGUGGAUGCACAUGAUUUGAGUUCAACUGUACGUACCCAAUCGGUUGAUGUUGGUGACAAUGUAAUUCUUCAGAGCAAGGUGCAUGACAAUGAGGCCAAGUUAGACGAGCACGAUGGAGGAUGCAAAAAUGAAGCUUUGAAGGAUAAAAUCUCUGAUGUCUGUAGAAGUGAUUUCCAAAGUAGCUUAGAUGCUGUCGAUACUUGUUUGGUUGAUGGGAGUUUAGAUCAGUCUGGAAAGCCUACACAUGAUGUGCUUGCUAAUGAUGAUAAUAAAGCAGUGAUUGAUCUAUCUAUUCAUCUUUUAAGGCAAGGGGAGUGUUUACUAGAGAGACUGAAGUCACUAAAAGUCUCUGAAGACUAUCUGCAAGAUCAGGGCUGGAUGUCUAAAUGCAUUUUAGAAGUUGAGAUUAGACUUUCAGAUAUCAGAUCGUUGCUUUCAUAUGGAUCAUCUUUAUCACCAUUUUGGACACACUGUGAAAGGCAGCUAAAUCAGCUUGAAAGUAUUAUCAAUGAUAAAAUUUACCAGCUUGCAAAAUCAGCAAUUAUGGAAGAGGCUGAAGAAGCUCCCGACUCUUUUGAAGAAAAGCUCGAGAUAAAGGAAGGUUCAUACAACAAAGUUGAAGCAGAUGGAGAGGAUAUCAAUACAAUUGCUUAUGCACCUAUCACUUCUCAUGUUUCUUCUAAUUCUGCAGCAUUAAUUGUAGGAGGUAGUGAUGUAAAUAAUCAAGUUUCCUCCAGCAAUGCUGCCCACAAUGUAGGUGUUCCUACUUUUGGUUCACCUACUGAACGUUGUGAACAUGAAAUUGAAGAAGGUGAACUGGUAGAUGGAGAUACACUUUCUGGAGAAAAUUCUAAGACUGGAGUCUAUGCCAGAGAGGGUGAUGAUAUGGAUGUGGACAUGGAAGUUGAAGAUGUAAUACCACCGAUCAAUGUGGCGCUCGGAGAUGUGCCCCCCAUCACUACAGGUCAACUAAAGAAUUCCACUGAUUACUCGGCUGUUCUGCCACCUCCAAAUGAGGAGUGGAUUCCUCCACCUCCUCCUGACACUGAACAAAUUCCACCACCUCCUCCUGAUAAUGAACAAGUUCCUCCACCUCCGCCUGAUGAGCCUCCCGAGCAUUCAUAUCCUCUUGCCCCAUCUCAUAUAGAGACUACACCUCUCACUUAUGCAGAACAAUACAACCUAAUGUAUUCUGAUCCAAGUUAUCAGUAUUAUGGACAUGCAGUUAAUCAAAUUCCUGUUGGUGGUUUCUAUGGACAUGCUGAUGGAACUCAAAUUGCUGUACCCCAAGCAUCAUUUUACUAUCAAGCAAUUCCAAACACGUACUCUGAAAGUGCAUCAGUUUCCAUUAAAUCUGUUGAACCUGUAAUAUUUUAUGAUCUUCAAGGUAGGGGAGCAUCUUCCGUGCCUGUAGCUGGUGGUGCUGAAUCUUUUCAGUUGCAUAGUGAAGUGGGUACUAUCAGUUCUAAUACUAUUGCCUCAAAUCAAGUUGGAUCUGGUGGUGAUAUUGCAUUAGCAGGAGUUGGUCCGAGGGCCGAUGAUCCUAUUGUUAAUGAGAAGACUGAGGUUGCAUCAGUGGGGAGCUCUUGUACUUUUACUACCAUUGAAGCUCCUGCAACUGUUUCUGUUAAAGAAAGUUCUGCUGCCGCUGCUGCAACUUCAUCAUCAGCUCUGAAGGUUCAAUCUAAAGCUGCACGAACUAAAAAGAAGACUGUUGCUGUCACAUCCUCAUUGAGGUCUAAUAAGAAGGUCUCCUCUUUGGUGGACAAGUGGAAAGCUGCCAAAGAGGAGUUGCAAGAGAAUGCAGAAAAUGAGCCUGAAAAUGCUUAUGAGAUAUUAGAAAAGAAGCGACAACGGGAAAUAGAGGAGUGGCAUUCCCAGCAAAUUGCCAGUGGAGAGGCUAAAUAUAAUGCAAAUUUUCAACCUUUGGGUGGUGAUUGGCGUGAAAAAGUGAAGCGGAGAAGAGCACAAAAGGCCAAAGAAUCAACAGAGACUUUCUCAGAGUCACUACCUGAUGGAAACCAACAACCUGAUUUAGAUGAACUCUCAAGAGGUCUACCUUCUGGAUGGCAGGCAUAUUGGGAUGAAGCUUCAAAACAGGUCUAUUACGGAAACGUCAACACCUCGGAGACAACUUGGAUUAGACCCACAAAAUAAGUUUCGAUACUAAUUGUAUGAGUAUUUUUGAGUUGGAUCGGA